CGGUGCCGCGCGCGCAGCAGCCUGAGGGCCGGCGGCGGGAGCGGCGGCCCCGGUGCGAGGCCUCGGUCCGCCCGUCCGCAGCCCCGCGGUGCCCGCUCCGCGCUCCCCCGGCCGAGCCUCCCGCGCCCAUCCCGCUCUCUGCCUCCCCUCUUGGCCGUGAGGCGAGCCCGGCGCGCCGUAUCCGCGACUCCGCUGCGCCCCAGGUGAGGGAGCGGGAGAAGGAGAGAGCGAGCGGGGAGCGCUCGCUCCCCUCCCUCCUCAGCGCCUCCCCGCCGCUCCCGGCGCCGAACCCCGCCGCUCCCUGCUUCAGUUCUCCCGGCGGAGCCCAGCAGCCCCUUCCCAAGAUGGGCUGCACGCUGAGCGCCGAGGACAAGGCGGCGGUGGAGAGGAGCAAGAUGAUCGACAGGAACCUGCGGGAGGACGGCGAGAAGGCGGCCAGGGAGGUGAAGCUGCUCCUCUUGGGAGCUGGUGAAUCGGGGAAAAGCACAAUUGUCAAGCAAAUGAAGAUUAUCCAUGAAGCUGGUUAUUCAGAAGAAGAGUGUAAACAGUACAAAGCUGUUGUCUACAGUAAUACCAUUCAGUCCAUUAUUGCUAUCAUUAGAGCAAUGGGGAGGUUGAAGAUAGACUUCGGUGAUCCAAUCAGGGCUGAUGAUGCUCGUCAGCUCUUUGUGUUGGCUGGAGCAGCAGAAGAAGGAUUUAUGACUUCAGAGCUUGCAGGAGUUAUCAAGAGACUGUGGAAAGACACUGGGGUUCAAGCCUGUUUCAACAGAUCUCGAGAGUACCAGCUCAAUGACUCUGCUGCCUAUUACUUGAAUGACUUGGACAGGAUAGCACAAACCAGCUACAUUCCAACUCAACAGGACGUUCUCAGGACUAGAGUGAAAACCACAGGAAUAGUGGAAACUCACUUUACUUUCAAAGAUCUUCAUUUUAAAAUGUUUGAUGUUGGAGGCCAAAGGUCAGAGCGGAAGAAGUGGAUUCAUUGUUUUGAGGGUGUUACAGCAAUUAUUUUUUGUGUGGCACUAAGUGAUUAUGACUUGGUCUUGGCUGAAGAUGAGGAAAUGAAUCGGAUGCAUGAGAGCAUGAAAUUGUUUGACAGUAUCUGCAACAAUAAAUGGUUCACAGACACUUCUAUUAUUCUAUUCCUGAACAAGAAAGAUCUUUUUGAAGAAAAAAUCAAAAGAAGUCCUCUCACUAUUUGCUACCCUGAAUAUGCAGGGUCAAACACUUACGAAGAAGCAGCUGCUUACAUUCAGUGUCAGUUUGAAGAUCUGAACAAGAGAAAAGACACAAAGGAAAUCUAUACUCACUUCACGUGUGCCACAGACACAAAAAAUGUGCAGUUUGUUUUUGAUGCUGUAACUGAUGUCAUUAUUAAAAAUAACCUUAAAGACUGUGGCCUCUUCUGAGAACAGACAAAAGAUUGUUAAAUGGUUUGGAGAUUGACUUCGCACAAUUCUAAUCUGAUUCUUUUCAAGGUGAAAGAAGUACAAAAUGCAUUGUGCUCAAUGAUAGAUCAGUACUGUACUUGCCUGUUUUAACAGCUUUAUUUAUGUUUGUCUUGUAAAUUUAAGUAAUUAGUUAACACUGAGAUGUCAGUUGAUUGUAUGUAAACUUACAAUUGUAGUAAUGUAUUUGUAUAAACGUUGAACGGAAUAUUUUAGUAACUUGAUGUCCUCUAAAACAUUCCUCUAAAAUUUUCCAUGUUUUAUGAAGAUACUCUUAGAGGAGACAGACACUUUUUGCCUUUGGAUUAUUUAAACAUCUUGUAAAAUUAAAUUUUCUUUUCAUCUUAAGGGUGCAUGCUGCCUUAUUCUUUACUUUUGUUGGUAAUACUGUAUAUGGCGUUAGCUUUUUUUGAUAUUUAAACAACCUCAUACACUUUCUCAGACUUAAAGAAACAUAACCAAUAAACUUGUUUUUUGCCUUAA